AUGGCGCAGCUUCCACCAUACAAGCACACUGCCGGUCUGGACAAGAAACUUGUCAGUCCCGAAGAUGGCCACCUCUCCUCUGACGAGCUUGGUUCCGUCCACAGCGGCGAGGAUAUCCUCGGCCUGCAAGAUAUGGACCCGGCGCUGAAUAUGAAGAUGCAUCUCGUCAACAAUGCAAUUGACGAAAUCGGAUGGACCAAUUACCAUUUAAAGCUCUUCUUCCUCAAUGGCUUCGGCUACUGCGUCGAUUCCAUGAUUCUGCUUUUCCAGUCCGUCAUCGCAGGACCUGCCUAUAAAGAAUUCGGCUCUCACGGCUACAAGAAUGCUCUGACAAUCGCCGUCUACUCCGGCAUGUUUACCGGUGCUAUCUUCUGGGGCUUCAGCGCCGACGUCAUUGGUCGCAAGUACGCUUUCAACAUCUCCCUCUUCAUCUGCUCCGUCGCCUGCAUCGUCGCCGGCGCCAUGCCCAGCUGGGCCAGCCUGGCCUUCCUCAUCGCCCUUCUCGGCUUCGGCGGUGGCGGCAACCUGGUCAUGGACACGACCGUUUUCCUCGAGUACCUCCCCGGCGACAAGCAGUGGCUUGUCACCUUCAUGGCCGCCUGGUGGGGCUUCGGCCAGGCCAUCUGUGGCUUCAUCGCUUGGGGCUUCCUCGUCCCGGCUCAGUGGAAUUGCCUCGACGACGGUCCCUGCCGCAAGGCCGACAACUGGGGCUGGCGGUAUGCCAUGUUCACCGGCGGCGCGCUCGUCUUUGUCAUGUCUGUCCUGCGAAUCUUUGUCAUCCGCCUCAAAGAGACCCCCAAAUACCUCCUCGGCGCCGGCGAAGACGCCCUUCUGGUUAAAAACAUCCAGGCCAUGGCCAAAAAGUACAACCGCCCCUGCUCGCUCACUCUCCAGAGGCUCGAGGCGUGUGGAUCUAUUCGCUCUUCUCAUAGCAAGAACAAAUUUUCCCUUGGGGAGACUUUUGUUCAUUUUCGUGGCCUGUUCUGCACCAAGAAAAUUGGACUUUCCACAAGCCUGAUCUGGUUUUCUUGGAUGCUGAUCGGCCUCGCCUAUCCUCUGUUCUAUGUUUUCCUACCUGCCUACCUCAAGAGUCGAAGCGGCGAGUUCCAGCGAUCCGUCUUUGAGACCUGGCGCAACUAUGCCCUGACCAACGUUUGCGGCAUCCCCGGUCCUAUUAUUGCCGGUCUCAUGUGCAACACGCGUAUUUUCGGCCGCAAGUAUACCAUGGUCGUCGGAUCACUGCUGACAAUGACCUUCUUCUUUGCAUACACGGCCGUCAAGACCUCUACCCAGGACCUUGCAUUCUCCUGCAUCAUUGCCUGCGUUCUCAACAUCUACUACGGCACGCUCUAUGCUUAUACUCCAGAGGUUCUCCCCAGCGCGCACCGUGGUACUGGCAACGGUAUUGCGGUUGCGCUCAACCGUAUCAUGGGUAUCAUUUCCGCGGUCAUUGGCACCGUGGCCGAUACGUCAACUUCAGCACCUCUCUAUGUCUGCGCUGGCAUUUUCAUUGUUACGGCGGUUGUUUCUGCUAGUUUCCCAUUCGAGCCUUAUGGAAAGAGAAGCUCGUAG